GCACUUUAAAUACCCCCUCUCCAAAAUAAGAGGCACAGGACAACAGCUGUCUGGAGACGCCCUCAAGCCAGUCAGGCCCCAUUUUAAAUAUAGAAACCCCUAAAAAUAGCCGCCUGUAAUCCAGAUUCAACAGGUGAUUGGCCAGAGAGGGGAGGAAACCCCAGGCCCCAGGAAGGAGAGCCAGGACAGUACUGGUUCCCGGCUCCCCACACCGCCAUGGCUUUGCCGCUGAGGGCCCUGAGCCGGGGCUUCGCCAGCGCUGCCAAAGAAGGCCAUGGAGGGACCGGAGCUCGCACCUGGCGCCUGCUGACCUUCGUGCUGGCACUGCCGAGCGUGGCCCUCUGCACCCUCAACGCCUAUCUCCACUCAGGCCACCGCCCGCGCCCUGAGUUCAUUGCCUAUCCCCACCUCCGCAUCCGCACCAAGCGCUUCCCCUGGGGGGACGGCAACCACACUCUGUUCCACAAUUCCCGCGUCAACCCUCUGCCCACGGGUUACGAAAGCCCCUGAGACCCCUGACGUCCACGGGUGCAAUAAAGGUGUGAAGCGUCA